CGGUCGAGGACGUUCAGUGCUUCCAGUCUUAUCGACCUCAGUAAGUUACAAUGAUGGUAGUAUUGCACGGCUCCAAGGUGCUCGUGUAUUUUUCAUUUUUCAGCUGAUGCAGUAAGCGCUUUCUCCUCCUCAUCUUUUUCACGAUGCAACUCUACACGCUUGUGAUGACGAUUUUGGGUGCGACAAUUGCGACUGUGAACGGCAUUCCAGUUAUUUUCCACAACAACUGCGCCACCAGUAUUGGUCUGUACAACAAUGAAUACACAGAGACAAUCAAGUCAGGAAGAAGCAGCACUCGAGACCUCCAAGAAGGCUUUAGCGGCAUGUUUCGUAAUGGGAUGAACCCUCAGGCAACUCUUGCCGAAUUCUCGGUCUCGUGGGGAUUUUUGUGGUAUGACAUCAGUAUUAUUCCCACGAGUCCACAGAGCGGGCCUGGACAAUGUUCGUCUCUGGCCGAUUGCAAAAGAGUCACCGGUGGCGUAGGUUUCAACACCCCGAUUCAAAUUGCUCCGUCCGGAUGCGCUGCAAUCACUUGCUUGGCCGACGGAUGCUCUGACGCCUACAACUUCCCAGGCGACAAUAGUAAAACCCACGCUUGCCCCAACACUACACCCAACGUCGAUGUGACUUUCUGCCCGGGAAACGCGAAGCUGAAGCGUCCUCACCGAUCGCUGCGUAGCUAGACGAGUACGAAUGGAGCCAUUUAAAUUAACUAGCAGGGCUUUGGAAUACUUUUAUAAAGGAUGACACGCACAGUGAUGACGAUUCGAGCGUUAUAAAGAUCUGAGAGAAACAAAUGAAACGAGUCCUUUGUUAUUAGUACGGU